AUGGCUCCUUCUCAGGGACUGCUGACCUUCAGGGAUGUGGCCAUAGAUUUUUCUCAGGAGGAAUGGGAAUGCCUGAACCCCGCUCAGCGGAAAUUGUUUCUGGAUGUGAUGUUGGAGAACUACAGCAACCUGUCUUCUGUGGCUAUAUCAUCUGAAGAUGACGAGACCUUUUUUCUAAAACCUGGAAUUCAAGAUUUAUUCUCUGAAAUUAUUCUGCAGAGUAAAUAUAACGAAGACACAAAUUAUCAAUGGAACGCACAUUGGAAAAACUUUAAGAAAGAGUCAUAUCUUAAUAAACAAUGGAGAAUUGAGCUUGCAGAGGACCAUAAUAAAAGUGGAAAAGUCUUGAAACAAAUGUCCAAUCACCAUGUAGGUCAAUUAUAUCCUAUUGUGGAAAAGACACAUGAAGGAAGUAGACGUGUCAAAUCUUUUCAGAAAUCUUCAAAUUACACUGAACAAGAGAAUAUUUAUGCCGGAGAGCAAACUUACACAGCUAAUGCAUGUGGUAAAAUCGUCAGUCAAACAAUCAAUCGAAAUAGACUGAAAGAAAUCCAUAGUGGAGAAAAACAUUAUAAAUGUAAAAAUUCUAGUAAAACAUCUAAUUGUCCUUCAGGUUGUACUCUAAAUGAAAGAAUUCUGCCUGGCAACAAGCCUUACCAAUGUAAAGCAUGUGGCAAAGCCUUUAAAUGUCAUUUAACUCUCACUGUACAUGAGAGAAGACUUCACACUAAGGAAAAACUUGACAAACUUAUGGAAAAUGGAAAAGGUUUUAGUCAGCCCUCAAAACAUACUCCGCAUCAUAGAAAUCAUACGGAACAAAAGCCUUAUAAAUGUUCAGAAUGUGGCAAAGCCUUCAGCCAACCCUCCAAACUUAUUGUUCAUCAGAGAAUUCACACUGGAGAGAAACCUUACAAAUGUAGAGAAUGUGGGAAAGCCUUUAUUAGGUCCUCAAACCUUGGAUAUCAUCAGAGAGUCCACACUGGAGAGAAGCCUUAUAAAUGUAUAGAAUGCGACAAAGCCUUUAUCCAGUCCUCAGACCUUAGGAUUCAUCAGAGAAUUCAUACUGGAGAGAAACCGCAUAAAUGUAGAGAAUGUGGAAAAAGCUUCAGCAGCUCCUCAAAACUAAUUAUACAUCAGAGAAUUCACACUGGAGAGAAGCCUUAUACAUGUAGAGAAUGUGGCAAAGCCUUUAUUAGCCAUACAUGUCUCAUUAAACAUAACCGUAUUCACACGGGAGAAAAACCAUACAAAUGUGGAGAAUGUGGCAAAGCUUUCAGCCAUUCCUCAUCCUUUACUUAUCAUCAGAGAGUUCAUAUUGGACAGAAGCCUUAUAAAUGUAGAGAAUGUGGCAAAGCUUUUAACUAUUCCUCAUCGCUUACUAAUCAUCAGAGAGUUCAUACUGGAGAGAAGCCUUAUCAAUGUAGAGAAUGUGGCAAAGCAUUUAGCCACUCCCCAUCCCUUAUUAAUCAUCAACGAGUUCACACUGGAGAGAAGCCUUAUAAAUGUAGAGAAUGUGGCAAAGCCUUCAGCCAUUCUUUAUCCUUUGCUAAUCAUCAGAGAGUUCAUCUUAUACAGAAGCCUUAUAAAUGUACAGAAUGUAGCAAAUCCUUUAAUUAUUCCUCAUCUCUUACUAAUCAUCAGAGAGUUCAUACUGGAGAGAAGCCUUAUAAAUGUAGAGAAUGUGGCAAAGCUUUUAACUAUUCUACAUCCCUUACAAAUCAUCAGAGAGUUCAUACUGGAGAGAAGCCUUAUAAAUGUAGAGAAUGUGGCAAAUCCUUUAAUUAUUCCUCAUCUCUUACUAAUCAUCAGAGAGUUCAUACUGGAGAGAAGCCUUAUAAAUGUAGAGAAUGUGGCAAAUCCUUUAGCCAGUCCUCAAGCCUUGGAUAUCAUCAGAGAGUUCACACUGGACAGAAACCUUAUACCAGGUAA